UUGGGAAUCCCAUUACUAACCAUGCAGUUUCUCUUGUUUUUGGGUGUGUUGGGUGGACUCUUAAUCAACCUAGCUGCUACACAGUCGAAAUUUACUCCGGCGCGCCCUCCUUCCUUGCCGCUGGCUGUCAAGAGCCCGUAUCUCAGCACAUGGUUUCCAGCUGGCAGCAACGGGGGUAAUGGAGGCUAUCUUCCCGGCCAGUGGCCAACUUUCUGGACUGGGCAGAUCACUGGAUGGGCUGGGUUGAUCCGUGUCGAUGGAAAUGCUUUUGCCUGGAUGGGAGCCCCCAAGAGUAUCAAGACGGCAACUCAAACAGCCUACGAAUAUACCUCUACUAAGAGCAUAUUUACGAUUGAAGUCGAUGGCAAAGUGUCUAUGAAGGUCACGUUCCUCUCUCCGCUCACUCCAGAGGACUUCAAGCGCCAGUCUUUGAUCUUCUCAUACAUGCAGGUCGAGGUCUCAUCAUUGGAUGGUUCAAACCAUGAUGUACAGCUGUAUACCGAUAUUUCCGCCGAAUGGAUUUCGGGUGAUCAUGGCGACGUUGCACAAUGGGAUUUUGGUACAACGGACGGGAUCUCAUACCAUAAGGUGUGGAAGCAGACUCAGAUGCUAUUCUCGGAGAAGAACGACCAAAGCGAAUGGGGGAAUAUUUAUUACGCUACCGACUCCGCUGAGAGUCUGACGUAUCAAUCCGGUCCUGACAACGACGUUCGCGGUGCUUUCGCGACAGGAGGAAAGCUUGCCAAUUCCAAGGACAGCAAUUUUCGUGCGAUCAGUUCCAACUGGCCCGUAUUUGCACACGCCGUUAACUUGGGAUCUGUGGGCUCCUCGGCAACUUCCACCCUAUUUUCGAUCGGUCUUUGCCAGGAAGAGGCUAUUCAAUUUCUCGGGAAAGAUGGAUUGGCUGUUCUUCCGUCGCUCUGGAAGAGCUAUUUUAGUGAUGACCUAGCAGCCCUUUCAUUCUUCCACAAAGACUAUUCGGAAUCGAGCACACUUUCGUCCCAACUUGACGAUAAGAUCUCCAGGGACUCCAUCGCAGCCGCCGGCCAAGACUAUCUGACUUUAACCUCUCUCGCCGCCCGCCAAGCUUUUGGAGCCGUUCAACUCGUGGGUACGGCCGAGAAGAGCUAUCUGUUCCUCAAGGAAAUUUCCUCCAACGGCAACACACAGACUGUGGACGUUAUAUACCCGGCGUCCCCGAUAUUCAUGUACCUAAACCCAGAGCUUCUCAGACUCCUCCUCGACCCCCAUUUUGAGAAUCAGGAAUCUGGCCACUAUCCAAACAAAUGGGCGAUUCACGAUCUUGGCACUCAUUACCCGAACGCUACUGGUCAUCCGGACGGGAAUGAUGAGCCGAUGCCUCUAGAGGAGUGUGGAAACAAUUUAGUCAUGGUACUUGCGUAUGCGCAGCGGUCGAAGAACACAGAUUACUUAAGGCACCACUACCCAAUCCUGCAACAAUGGGCCGAAUACCUAGUCGAAGACAGCCUAUAUCCAUCUGAGCAGCUCUCCACAGACGACUUCGCGGGCCACCUCGUUAACCAGACAAAUCUCGCGCUCAAAGGCAUCAUUGGUCUCGAAGCCAUGUCCCAGAUCUCCUCACUAAUCGGCGAGGCCAACGACGCAAAGAACUACACCAGCAUUGCACAUGACUACAUCACGAAAUGGAUCGACCUCGGCAAUAACAAGAAUGCCAACCCCGCACACUCAAUCCUCAACUACGGAAACCCAAACACUCACGGCCUACUAUACAACCUGUACAACGACCGUCUCCUCGGCACAAACCUCGUCCCAGAUUCCAUCUACACUCAACAAUCAGCAUUUUACCCCACAACCAAAGCUACCUAUGGCGUUCCCCUCGAUACCCGAAACCAGUACACAAAAUCCGAUUGGGAGGUCUUCGUCGCGGCGAUAUCAUCCCAGGAGACGAGGGACAUGUUUAUCUCGGAUCUGGCGAAGUGGGUUAAUGAGACGUCGACUAGUAAGCCAUUUACAGAUUUGUAUGAGACGGCUACAGGCGAAUUUCCCGCUGGGAUUGAGUUUAAGGCGCGACCGGUGAUGGGGGGGAUGUUUGCGUUGUUGGCGUUGCCGAAGUAG